UUAGCAGAGUUGUCCCUUGUGUUAAGAGAUAUAUUCAGAGAUCGGGAGCUAACUUCAACUUUGGUAGGGGGCUUCCCGCUACAAAACCUAUCCUGUGUUUGGCAUCCGGGCAACUUUCUUUUCUACGUGCAUUACUACAGUUGUCCGCUGGGUGGCCCUGGUGCUUACUGAUGCAUUCUUAGUUUCUUACGUUACCUGAGGGCUUCGACCUCACCUGUAACGUCACGUGACUUAACUUGCUUAUACCCUGUUGAACACGUAUGUACAUUCUGUUGAGGAAACGUCACGUUAAGUUGAUAUUUCUGUAAGACAUCGAGUCUAUAGUUUCUGGACACCAUGUCGGACCCGAGAAGUCACCUGUGGAACGCUAUCCGUAAAGGCGACAUAAAGCUGGUCCGGGUGCUUUUAGAAGGCGGGGAAGUUAACGUCAACGACUCGUACGUGCAUGGGGAGGGGGGCGCAGAACCUCCCGGCAAUAUUUCCACUUUUCUCUGCCACGCCUGCGAUGUUGGGAAACUUGACAUUGUCGAACUUCUAGUGGAGAAAGGAGCUUCUCUAAAUCUACAGGAGGCCAAUUUGACUAAAGAAUAUCCUCUAUGGUAUGCUGCAAGAUCCGGAAACGUAAGCUUAGCGAGCUUCCUUGCGGAUAAAGGCGCAAAUGUUAGACAAACGAACGCGAAUGGGACAACUCCGAUGCAUAAGGCCAUGGAAGUCGGAGACCGACAAGCGUCUGUAGAACUAACCGAGCUUUUCUUGGCUCACGGCGCGGAGGUGGAUGCAAAGAACAGGUGGGGGAAUACACCGGCCCACCUGGCGGCCAGGUGUAACAACGUGGACGCCCUGCGUGUGCUUAUAGCGAGGGGAGCCGACAUAACGUGUAAGAAUAAUGACGGCAACACCGUGUACGACCGCGCUCUGCACUACGGCUCCGAGGCUAUAAGGGACUUCAUCCUACGCCGAGCAGCGGGAAGAAUCUCUCAUAACAAGUGUACACCCGCCUUUGAUGCCACUGACGGAGAAACAGCGCCCUCAAUUCUCCAAGCACAGAUAGAAGAACUGCAAUACGAGAACAGUCGUCUACAGGACAUCAUUACCAAUCAAGAAAAACGGUUGGACGAACUACAAGAAAACUAUUCAGACCUCCGAGCUGAAAUGGCAGAGAUACGAAACAAGGUGUUCGGGAAAGGAACGCCGUCUAAAGAUGGAGCUACAGCUACGCCUAUGUCGGAAAGACAUUCUGCGCUCACAUCACACCCAGCUUAUACAAGACAUGCAGCCCACUGGCGUCAUCGACUACUUGUACCAGGAAAACGUCUUAGACGACCAUCUUCAGGCGGAAGCCAAGGCGCAGACCACCCGGCAAGACAUCAACAAGAAACUCUUGGAAAUCGUGCCGACCCGAGGAGACCGGGCGUUCUAUGUCUUCCAUCAUGGCCUCAUCAAUACCAAACAACAACACUUAGCCGACAUGUUGGUGGAACGGACUUAGACUUAUAGUAUAGUACGGGGUGCGGGUGUGCUACGAAACGCUAUUUCUAGGCCUCUUCUGAGAAUCUCCUCCUGGACUAUUAGAGCAAACUCAGUAAAAUAAGGACGCAAAAUAUUAAUGUUGAAUUUGUUUUUAUAUCGGCGGGCCGCGGGUUGUGUUGAUUCCGUUAUACACGCCAAUUUUACGCGCUGAUGAACAUUUCGGUCGUUUACUAGUUAUAUAUGACAGUAAAUAUAUAGUACGUAGUAUAUAAUAAAGCAUAACUGUUUUGUGUUAGUAUAGUAAGACAUAACAGUAUGAUAACAACGUAACACAAAAUGUUCCUGAACGUUAUUCAUCAAGGUAUGGAACGUUUGCCGUUAUGACUUUAUUGGGCUGUUGUUCAGAAAUAAACAGAACUAGAUAGGUGAAAACAAAUAUAUAGAUAUUCUCUUCGUUGUAGGCUUGCUGCACAUGCAUGAAGCCUACACAACUUGUCAACUAUGCAAUAUUUACUGCACAUGUGACUAGCCUGAGGCUGGAUCUACAUGUAGUUCUUUUUCAGCUGUAAUGAACCAUUCCUUAAUAUUCUUUGACAAAAGAAGAUAUAUUCCAUUUGA